AUGGCAGUUACCAAGCGGUCUUCUGGAACUAAGAAAUUUGGCUCAAGCGCCUCUAAGGAGUCCUCAGUGGAUGUGGACGAUGUAUCUUUGAAAUACAACAAAGGCGUUGCUGCCACAGAGCAACUCGCUCAGAAUUGGUUGCUGAACCCUAAACCGGACUCUGAUAAUAGUUACAGGCUUGGUUUUUACUUAGUCACAGCCAUUGCUUUUGCAGUGAGAUUCUAUAAGAUUUACUAUCCUCGUGAAGUGGUCUUCGAUGAAGUACACUUCGGAAAGUUUGCUUCCUAUUAUUUGGAGAGGACAUUCUUUUUCGAUGUUCAUCCUCCUUUGGCUAAGAUGAUGAUUGCAUUCAUCGGUUGGCUAUGUAACUACGACGGCUCCUUCAAGUUUGAAGAAAUCGGAUUGAGUUACGACAAGCACCCUGCACCUUUCUUAGCGUACCGUUCAUUUAAUGCUUUACUGGGCACUUUGACUGUAUCUAUCAUGUUUGAAUC